GAAAAGGAGUGGAAUAACCAAGGAAAAAGAAAGCAAGUGAAGGACCUUUGGGGAGAGGUAGAGAGAGAGAGGGAGUGAGGAAGGAGAGAGAGAGGAUGGACAGCCCUCUGUUUUCAUUUUUGUAAAUUUCUCUCAUUAGAUCUUAGUUUCGAUUGAAUAAUUUGUUUGGUAUUUAUUCCUCCCUCUCCCACAAGGUCCCCCAGUAUUGAAUCGCGAUCGAUUGAUCAAGGAUCCGAUGAACCUUUGAAUUAAAUCCAGCAUUUCCUGAUCAGUUAACGUUUCUCGUUUCCUGCCUGAUUUUCUGGAUAAGAUGGAGAAGGAUCAAGGGAAGCUCUUCAUCGGGGGAAUUUCGUGGGACACGAACGAGGAACGUCUUAAAGAGUACUUCGGGGGCUAUGGGGAGGUGGUCGAGGCCGUGAUCAUGAGGGAUCGAACCACAGGCCGUGCUCGUGGCUUUGGGUUUGUAGUGUUUGCUGAUCCUGCAGCUGCUGAACGAGUGGUUAAAGAGAAGCAUAUGAUCGAUGGACGGACUGUGGAAGCAAAGAAAGCCGUUCCAAGAGACGAUCAACAGCUGAUAAACCGAAACAUCAGCAGCAGCAGCAGCAUUCAGGGGUCGCCAGGCCCCGGGCGUACUAAAAAGAUUUUUGUCGGAGGUUUGGCGCCCACAGUCACCGAGAGCGACUUCAGAAGCUAUUUUGAGCAGUUUGGCACCAUAACCGACGUCGUAGUGAUGUAUGAUCACAACACACAGAGGCCAAGAGGGUUCGGGUUUAUCACAUACGAUUCGGAGGAUGCCGUCGAUAGGGUGUUGCACAAUACCUUUCAUGAACUAAACGGGAAGUUGGUCGAAGUAAAGCGAGCCGUCCCGAAGGAAUUAUCGCCCGGGCCUGCCCGGAGCCCGCUUGCUGUUACUGGUUACGGUUUUAAUCGAGCCAAUGCCUUACUCAGUAGCUUCCCGCAGGGGUAUAAUAUUAGCUCGCUCGGCGGGUACGGUCUUCGGAUGGACGGAAGGUAUAGUCCGUUGGCUGCUGCUCGCGCCGGGUAUUCUCAGUUCGGUUCUCCGUCGUACGCGAUGGGUAUGAAUAUGGAACAAGGGUUGAAUGCCGGGUUCGGUGGGGGUUCUAACUUUAACACCGGUUUAGGUUACGGCCGUGUUAUGAAUCCUUAUUUUAGCGGCAAUCAGAGCAGGUACAGCACUCCUAUCGGUUACAAUACCGGCGGUGGCAGCCGAGGCGAUUCCUUUUUCAACUCUUUGUCGAGAAAUGUUUGGGGGAACGGUAGCCUCAACAAUUCGGCAAACAAUGCCAGUUCAACCUCGUACUUUGGUUCGGGAAGCGGUGGUGGCUUCGGGGUCUUUGAAAACAAUGGGUCGACUUGGGGUGCGCCUCCCGGUGGUCCGUCGAUGGGUGUGAGUUCUUCGGGUUAUGGUGGGGCGAAUCUUGGCUAUAGAGGUGGAGAGAAUAGCUAUGCUCUCGGUGGAGGAGGAUUCGGACGAAACAGUGGAACGGGUUUGGCUACAAAGUCGUCAUUCUCUGCUUCGACCGGUAGCUAUGAAGGGUCUUAUGGAGAUCUCUACCGUAAUGGCUCUGUUUAUGGCGAUCCGACUUGGCAUUCGACUUCUUCUGAGCUUGAUAAUCCUGGUACGUUUGGUUAUGCACUUGGGGCUUCAGAAGAUGUCGCUGCUAAGGAUUCCGAGGAUUAUGCUGUGGAUUAUGACCUUCCAAAUCGACAAUCUAAUAGAGAAAAAUUUUCAGGAGAUCACCAUCCCAUCGAGCCAAGCCUUUUAACAAUUUGGAAAGAAUCUAACUUCGAAUCCAUAAGAACUAAGGAAUUGCUGCAUGAGUGAGUAGCUUUGGUAGGAGGACACCGGGGAAAACUGAAAGACAAGAAACAAAAAAUUCUGAAUCAAUGUUCGUUUGUUUGUUCGAUCCCUCGUAGAGAAACAGAUCCGUCACCCGCAUACAGAGCUAAUUACAGGAUCCUGGCACAAAGUAAAUUGCUCGGCAGAGGUUAAUUUCGAUGGUUUUCGCAAAGUUUUCUGAGGUAUGAGUGAAUGAUUCCUAGGCAUAACAUUAUUGGUUUUGUUCGCCUGCCAUUUUGAUCGAGAUGUAAAAAAUCCGAUCGCCGGAUAUCUAUAUCUAUAUCUAUAUAUAUAUAUAUAUACUUUUGGAAGAUUGGAUCCAUUGUUUAGGUUUUUGAUUUGUUGUGCAACAGAAGAAGACUGUACUUACUACAUUGGGUAAAAAAGCAAACACAGAUAAGGAUUAGUUUUGUAUU